AUGAAAAAAAGAACUCUUUAGGAACUAUAUGAAGAAUAAGAAUAAAUUAAUUCAUCUUAUAUGGAUGUUAAUUCUCUUUAAAAAUAAUUAUACUUAGAAAACUAAAAGAGACUAUAGAAAGAAAAUGAAGAGAAAGAAGAGUAAUUAAAAAAUGAUGGAGAUGAAGUAAAAUAAGUAGAUGAAAAAAUUAAUCUGUGUUUUCCAGUUGGUAAAUUUUGUUUAAAUCAUUUAUCUUAAUAUCCUAAAGAAGAAAAGCAACCACAUAUACUAUCUUUCAUAAAUAUAAUACAAGAGAAUGCUUUUUAAGAUAGUAAGUGAAUGAUUAAUAAAAUUUAGUAUAAAAAGAAAAGCCUAAAAUUACAUUAGAAGCAGCUUUGAUGACUUGCUAUGGUUUUGAAGAUCAUUUGCUUAAACCUUUAGUUUUAUCAGGAGUCAAAUUAUUUAUUAUAAAUGAUAAUGAUAAUAAUGAUAAGAAACUUGAAAUUAUUGAAGAAUUUAAUGGCCAUCAAAAUUGGACAGUGAUUAAACCAUCAAAAUUAAGUUCUAUAACAUUUGGAGGAUCAUUUCAUCCUAAAAUUUGGAUAUUGAAAUUUCCUAAGUUUAUUAGAAUUGUUAUUGGAAGUUAAAAUUUGCAUGUUGGAGAUUGGACAGUUUGGUCAUAAGCAAUGUGGAUAUAAGAUUUUUAAAUUGGAAAUAGUGAAUUAGAUGAAAUAUCAAAAGAUUUUAAAGUAGGUUUAAAAGAAUUUUUAGAUAAUAUUCUUCCAAAUUCACAUAAGUUUGAAGAUCUACUUAAAAUUAAAUAUAAUGAUUAUGAUUUUCAAAACAUUAAUAUUAGGUUGAUAACAUCAAUUCCUGGAAGAUUUACAGGAAAUCAAAUGAAUAAAUAUGGGAUGAUGAGAAUAUAAUCUGUUAUUAAUUCAGAACUUAAAAGUAAUAAUAUAGAUAUUCCUAAAUAAGUAAGUAUUACAUACUAAACUACAAGUAUUGGACAAUUAGAUAUUAAUUAUAUAGAUUUUGUUUAACAAUGUUGUUCUGGAUAAUAAAUUAAAGUAACUUAAAAAUUAUAAUAAAAUAAUAAAUCUAUUGCUUAAAUGCUAUUUAAUUAAUAAGAAGAGGAGAAAUCUAUCUUAAAAUUAAUAUAUCCUACUUCUGAUUAUAUAUAGAAUUAAACUUCUGCAGGACCAGAAUAUGCAAAUCCUUUAUUUCUAAGAAAAUAAUAAUAUGAAAAUCCAAAAUUUCCAAAAAAUAUUUUCUACAGAUAUUAAGGUUCUAAUUAUUAUUAUUGGCAUGCUGGAAAUAUCCCACAUUUAAAGGUUAUGAUAAUAACUGGUUUAGAUGAGAAAAUAGAUGAUAAAGCAUCAAUUUAUAUUGGAAGUCAUAAUUUAAGUUAAGCUGCUUGGGGAAGAUUAGAGAAGAAUGCUACUUAAUUGUUUAUAUCAAAUACAGAAUUAGGUGUUUUAUAUCCCCCAAAAAAGGAUUCAGCUAAAUUAAAAUAAUCAAUUAUUGAAUAAAUGUCUUUUAAAUUCCCUCCAGAUAAAUAUGAAAAAACAGAUUAACCUUGGAUAAGCGAAGUUUACUAUGAAUAAUAAAUAUGA